AACAGAUUCUUCCUCGUUUCACUCUUUCUUGGAUUUUCCCUCACUCGCCUCAGCUACAGCAACCAAGUUGUGCUGCUGGAUACAACGUCUGUGCUUGGAGAGCUAGGAUGGAAGACGUAUCCCAUAAACGGGUGGGACGCCAUCACGGAGAUGGACGAGCAGAACCGACCUAUCCAUACUUUCCAGGUUUGCAAUGUGAUGGAGCCCAACCAGAACAACUGGCUUCGCUCCAACUGGAUCUCUCGGCAGGCUGCCCAGAAGAUCUACGUGGAGCUUCGCUUCACCCUGCGUGACUGCAACUCCAUCCCUUGGGUGUCUGGUACCUGCAAGGAGACUUUCAAUCUCUUCUACCAUGAGACUGACGAUGCUCACGGUGUCAAAUUCAAGCCCCCGCAGUACACCAAGAUUGACACCAUCGCUGCCGAUGAAAGCUUCACUCAGAUGGAUCUCGGCGAUCGCAUCCUUAAGCUCAACACGGAGGUGCGUGAGGUGGGACCCAUGACCAGAAAGGGCUUCUACCUGGCGUUUCAGGACAUCGGUGCCUGCAUUGCCUUGGUUUCAGUUCGGAUUUACUAUAAGAAAUGUCCGUUCACGCUCAGGAACCUGGCCUCAUUUCCAGACACAGUGCCUCGUGUGGACUCUUCUUCAUUGGUGGAGGUGAGGGGGGCUUGUGUUGACCACGCCGAAGAAAGAGACACACCCAAACUGUUCUGUGGAGCUGAUGGAGACUGGUUGGUCCCGUUGGGAAGAUGCGUCUGCAGCUUUGCGCAUGAGGAGAUCGAUGGCUCAUGUGCUGCAUGCCACCCAGGCUUCUACAAAGCAUAUGCUGGAAACACCAUGUGUUCAAAGUGCCCUCCGCACAGCAUCAGCUACGGAGAAGGGGCUGCUAUCUGCCGCUGUGAGACAGGCUUCUUCAGGGCGGAGAGAGACCCUCCAGCAAUGGCCUGUACACGCCCUCCGUCUCCACCGCGCAACUUGUUGUUUAACCUGAACGGCACCUGCCUGAUGCUGGAGUGGUCACCUCCCGACGACAACGGGGGCCGCCGGGAUCUCACUUACAACGUCCAGUGCAAACGCUGUGGCCCCAAGCCCGACCAGUGCCAUUUCUGUGAGGAGGAGCUUCGUUUCCUACCACGACCUUCAGGCCUGACCAACGCCACUGUGACCAUCAUGGACUUCUCAGCGCACGCCAACUACACCUUUGAGAUCGAGUCCCUCAAUGGUGUUUCAGACAUGAGCUCCUUCCCCCGACAGGUAGCCAUCGUCACCGUCAGCACUGAUCAGGCUGGUCCGUCUCAGGUUGGGACUCUGAAGAAGGACUGGGCUUCUCCGAACAGCAUCGCUCUCUCCUGGCAGCAACCUGAACAAACAACACUGCUCAUCCUCGACUACGAGAUCAAAUAUUAUGAGAAGGAACAUGAGCAGUUGAGCUACUCGUCGACGCGCACCAAGGCUCCCAGUGUGAUUAUCUCAGGUUUAAAACCAGCCACCUGGUACGUCUUCUGUGUACGGAGCCGCACGACAGCAGGAUACAGCCCCUACACCCCUAAAUAUGAAUACAAAACAACAGGAGACUCAUCAGACAUUGCCUCUGACCAGGGCCAGGUGUUGGUCAUCAUCACAGCAGCGGUGGGUGGCUUCACUCUCCUCGUCAUCCUCACCCUUUUCCUCCUGAUCACUGGAAGGUGUCGGUGGUACUUUAAGGCCAAGAUGUCUCCAGAGGAGAAAAGGAGGACCGAUUAUCAGAAUGGAAAUGUCCCUUUCCCUGGAAUAAAGACCUAUGUGGACCCUGAUACUUAUGAAGACCCGACGCAAGCUGUCCACGAGUUCACCAAGGAGAUCGACCCCUCCAGGAUCCGCAUCGAGAGGGUGAUUGGAGCAGGUGAGUUUGGCGAGGUGUGCAGCGGCCGCCUGAGAACGCCGGGGAAGAAGGAGAUCGCCGUGGCAAUAAAGACACUGAAGGGCGGCUAUGUAGAGCGUCAGAGGCGGGACUUCCUGCGCGAGGCGUCAAUCAUGGGCCAGUUUGACCACCCCAACAUCAUCAGGCUCGAGGGCGUCGUCACCAAAAGCAGGCCUGUGAUGAUCGUGGUGGAGUACAUGGAGAACGGAUCGCUGGACUCGUUUCUGAGGCAACAUGACGGUCACUUCACCGUCAUCCAGCUGGUGGGCAUGCUGCGUGGCAUCGCCUCGGGCAUGAAGAACCUGUCGGACAUGGGCUACGUUCACCGAGACCUGGCAGCUCGGAACAUCCUGGUCAACAGCAACCUGGUGUGUAAAGUGUCCGACUUCGGCCUGUCCCGAGUCCUGGAGGACGACCCGGAGGCGGCUUACACCACAACGGGUGGUAAGAUCCCCAUCCGAUGGACGUCUCCUGAGGCCAUCUCAUACAGGAAGUUCUCCUCGGCCAGCGACGCCUGGAGUUAUGGCAUCGUCAUGUGGGAAGUGAUGUCAUAUGGGGAGCGGCCUUACUGGGAAAUGUCCAAUCAGGAUGUGAUUCUCUCGAUUGAGGAGGGCUACCGGCUGCCUGCACCAAUGGGCUGCCCCGUGGCCCUGCACCAGCUGAUGCUGCACUGCUGGCAGAAGGAGAGGAGUCAUCGGCCCAAAUUCACCGAUGUUGUUUCCUUCCUGGAUAAAUUGAUCCGUAACCCCAGCAGCCUGCUGCCACUGGUAGAGGACAUUCAGAGCCUUCCAGAAUCUCCAGGGGAGGAUAUGGACUACCCAAUGUUCAUCUCCAUCGGCGACUGGCUGGACGUCAUUAAGAUGAGUCAGUACAAGAGCAAUUUUAUAGCAGCUGGCUACAACACAUUGGAUUCUGUUGCGAGGAUGAGUAUUGAAGAUGUCAGGCGUAUAGGGGUGGAGCUGAUCGGCCACCAGAGGCGGAUCUCCAGCAGCGUACAGACCCUCGGCCUGCAGCUGCUGCACGAACAGGAGAAGGGUUUCCAUGUCUGAGGACAGCCUGUCACGCAGCCUGGGAUGGACAGACCGAUGCAUCAGAGGGAAGUGAAGUCUAGACCUUUGGACAGACAGUCUACAGCCUGUGCCUGAGUCUAAUCCCUCAUGCAGGAGGUCACCGGACAGACGGCCACAGCAGACUGCCCCCUGGUCUCCCUCACGUCCAGUCGUAACAGACUUUAAGUAACUAACUAUCCACCCCGUACCCAGUAUACCUGGCUCUGCCAGACUCAUGCCGCCUGAUAGACUUUAAAGACUGGCCCAGGCCCUCUCUUAGGGGAAUGUAUUGCCUUGUUGCCGCAGCAGUAAUUUGUGUGUGGAGCAACAAUAUCUAGAGAUGUAGAUUUGAAAACGUAAUCUACUGAAGCUUUUGACUCUCUUUUUCUUUUCUGGUUGUUAUUCUUACUCUGCUCUGAGUUAAGUGCUCAUUUAGCUGCUAUUGGGUGUGCAAUCGACAAGUAUUUGGAAAAAGUGUCCUCAGUAUCUUUUAUUUUGGAGUUUGAUCAUUUAUAUAUCACACUGGUAUGAUUAGCAUUGCUUUAGGUUAACCUCUCUCCAGAGAUAAUCUGGUAUGCGAAUACUUGAAGAAAGAAGAGAGAAGCAAGGGACGGAGAUUUCGUGAAUGUUUAAAAGUGUAUAGACAAUUAAUCAAUAAUUAUUAUCAUAACCUAAUAUCUAUAUAUGUGCAGUCCUGUAUGUGAAAGCCCUCGUAAAUCUGGAUCUUAUUCAAGAUGUUAUAUUUAUCUAAGAUUUUUAUCCAAAUCAGCAAUACAGUAUUAUGCAGCCACCUCAGCAUCUCAGAGAUAAAUGAAGAAUUGUGCAAUGAGAGAAUUCUUGUUGACAUGUAAACAUGAAGCUCCUACACCCCAUCCACCUGUUUUUGUUGUCACAUGCUGAACUUGCAGGUCCCGAUCUGUUGCCUUCAGAUGAACAACCAUACAAGUCCAUUCCGUCGUUUUUUUAGCAACCAUCGUGUUCACAGUUGUGUGAUAAGCCUGAAUCAUUUUGGAUUGUGACUGUUAUACGUUGCCUGAAAGUACACAAUCUCCACCGUCUUAACAUAUGAAUGUUCACACAGCUUAGAUAGGAGAUGUUUGAAAUGACCUCAAAACGUAACAUGGACUUAUAUGGUUCUUCAGAAUGAGCCAAAAUGCUAUAUACAUUCAUGUUUCUUUUUUCCUGCACACACACACACACUAAUGCAUUGCACUUCUGGGUCAGAGAUGUCAGAGCAGAAUCAUUUGUUGAAGGUGGCAAAGCUACUUGAUGGAUUUCACAAAGGUAUUCUCCUCCAGUCGGUUCUUACAUUGUUGUAAAGGUUGUGGCAUUUGUGGCGGUUUGGCGAACCGGUGUAUACGUAGACGUAAUCCGAGGGGAGAGCUGUUGGAUCUGCAGUAGGUGAUGUCAAGUUGUGAGACGUUUGCCAUUAAAGUCAACAUUUUUCUUCAUUUUGCUUCGUCAGUGGUGAAUAGGCCGUGCUGCAGAAUAUAAGUAGCUAGUAGAGACACGGAGAGCAGAAGUAGCUCGAAGCCGGUGGAUGGAAACCCGGUGAGAACAGGCGGUAGUGUUCGGUCCGUGUGAUCAGGACAGAGCUGUCCAGCCGAGGCAGGACGGGAGACGAUGAACAUGAACAGCAGCAUCAUAACUCAUCAUGUGUCAUUCUAGCAUCAGCAGUAACAAACACACAUAGACACAAACACAUGCACACACACGCACACACGUACACACACAGAAUGCCUUACAGUCUGUUAACCAUGCAGGACAGAAACACUUAAGAGUGGUUCGUACGUUUCAGUGCCGUUACAGGACCUCGCCAUGAGUUUGAGUUGAUCAAAGGCUCGCGGGGUCCAGAGGUCGGUGCCUUGCGGCCGCAGUCGUUGUGCAUGCAGGCCGGCAGGAAUCGGAAAGGUCUCUCCGCACACAUCCAAACACACACAGAUUAGCACACACACGCUCACCUCCACCACCCCUCGACAGAAUAAGGAGAAUAUCAGAUGCUGUUAGUUUAGCAUGUUCUACUGCUGAGCAAUGUUAGAACGUUCUUUUGUACAAAGUACAAGUAUACUUAUAAUUCUUGUAUUUUAUUUUUUUAUAAUUUCCAAACAGAUGUUGUAGAUCUUGCACGCUGUUACAGCGGAUAUUUAUUUGCAAAUAAAGAUGAACAGUUCUGGUG